GGGAGCUGGUAGCGUUGUUGUGGCCAGCAGCUGGUGAACGCCGGCGCCAUGGAGCGCUACGCCAGCUCCUUGGAGGAGUCGGUGGACGGGGCCCGACAGCAAGAAAAGCACUACCAACUGCUGUCGGCGCUGCAGAGCCUGGUUAAAGAGCUACCCAGCUCCUUUCAGCAGCGCCUGUCCUAUACCACUCUCAGCGACCUAGCCCUGGCGCUCCUUGACGGCACCGUGUUCGAGAUUGUGCAGGGGCUACUGGAGAUACAGCAUCUCACCGAAAAGAGCCUCUACAACCAGCGUCUACGACUACAGAACGAACACCGAGUUCUCAGGCAGGCCCUACGGCAGAAGCACUUAGAAGCCCAGCAAGCCUGCCGGCCCCACAACCUACCUGUGCUCCAGGCAGCUCAGCAUCGGGAGCUAGAGGCAGUAGAGCAUCGGAUCCGGGAGGAACAACAUGCAAUGGACCGGAAGAUUGUCCUGGAGCUGGACCGGAAAGUGGCUGACCAGCAGAGCACACUCGAGAAGGCAGGGGUAGCUGGCUUCUAUGUGACUACCAACCCUCAGGAGCUGACACUACAGAUGAACCUGUUGGAACUUAUCCGGAAGCUGCAACAAAGGGGCUGCCAGACAGGGAAGACAGCCCUGUGAUCAGGUGGGGAUCCCUGCUGGCCACCACUACCAACAUUGCUGGGAAUACAGCCCUGACUACCAUCACCAGAAAGAUGCAAGGAACUUAUCUUCCUGGUAUUUGGCCACUUUCCAAAUUUGAUGCCCAUUUGCCAGCAAGCAUCACCAUUCUAAGAUCAAGCCAGGUUCAUCUGGCUGCACCUGUCACCCACCUUUGCCUGGGUUUUUUGUGCAAGCACUAGGAUGGUGUCAUGAAAAGGAGGGAGGCCUAGCCUACCCGCUGUCUCCCCCAGUGCUGGGUGGAGAGCAGGGUUGUUGGUUCUAUACCUUCCCCAUUCCAUGGGCACAUCCCAACCUCUGCCAGGCCCCAGGUUUUGAGUUUGUUUUGGUCUUGGCCUCUCCUUUGGCAGCUGAAGCCCCCAAAUAAAAAGAAUUCCAAUGCACAAAUCCUGUGACCCAAAAAAAUAAAGGCACGUGCACUUGG